AACAAUCUAUAAAAAAGUAUUUCUAUACAAAAAUUACUACUUAGUUCACUUUAUUUUGGCCAAACAUUCCAAAGCGUUAUCAUCUUGGGAUAAAUGAGAGAAGCUAAAAGCGAAUUGCCGGAGGUAAUAGUGGUGGGGCUACCAACGAUUUUCAAAUUCUACGAUGAAGAGUUAUCGAAAAAAUAUAGAAUGCUGAAAUCAUGGGAAUCUUCACUUCCAUUGGAGAAUUAUAUUUGUAAACAUGCUCAAUCUGUAAAAGCAAUGAUUUGCUCUCCUUCUCAUCUUGGGAUCCAGAUUUCUUCCUCCUUGUUCCGCCUCUUACCGUCACUGCGGCUUAUCGUCACCACCAGCACUGGCCUUGACCAUAUCGAUCUCGUUGAGUGUCGCCGCCGCGGAAUCUCCGUUGCUAGUGCUGCAACUCUUUUCUCAGAAGAUGUUGCUGAUUUUGCUGUUGGAUUGUUGAUUGAUGUUGUUAGAAGAAUUUCUGCUGCACAUCGCUUUGUUAAUAAUGGACUUUGGGGCCAAUUCCCACUAGGCUCAAAGGUGGGAAGCAGGAAAAUAGGAAUUGUUGGGCUAGGAAGCAUAGGUCUAAAAGUUGCACAAAGGCUUGAAGCAUUUGGUUGCACUAUAUCAUACCAAUCAAGGAACAAAAAGCCUGUUCCUUACCCUUUCUAUCAUGACGUUUAUGAACUAGCAACCAACUGUGAUGUCCUAGUCAUUUGUUGUGCAUUGACAGACCAAACCCACCACUUGAUCAAUAAGGAGGUUCUACUAACACUCGGGAAGAAAGGAGUAAUCAUUAAUAUUGCACGAGGAGCCAUAAUCAAUGAGAUGGAGUUGGUACAAUGUUUAGAGGAAGGAGAGAUUGCAGGUGCUGGGUUGGAUGUUUUCGAAAAUGAACCUAAUGUUCCUAAAGAGCUCCUUUCAUUGGAUAACGUUGUGCUAACACGACAUAUUGCUUUUCUUACUGAGGAUUCUAUGAGAGCUAUGUAUGAACUUGUGUGCGGGAAUCUUGAAGCUUUUUUCUUUAACAGACCUUUGCUUUCUCCAGUUUUGGAUGACUAAGAUAUUAUAUUCAACCUUGAAAUCAAUAUUAUUCUCUCAUCUGCUUUGAUAUUUUUAUCAACGUCAAAGUGGAAUGUGCAACUCUGCCUUUUGUCAAGAAUUUACUUAACCUACUUGUCAGUCAGUGGAAGCUAGUGGUUAAUUAUCUGCAGAAGCGAAGCCAUUUGCUCCAUAUGUUUGUCUGUGUAAGGUCUCUGAGGUAUGAUCGCUUGAAAUUUUAGUCCUACAGUAAAUGAGUCGGGCUUCUCCUCUUAUGAGAGAUGGGCGCAAACAGCCCCCAACUAGUUGUAUGGAGUGUGGCUGUGUUUGUGAAAAGUCGUUGUACAUGCAGAUGCACAAUUAAGUGAUGUAUCUUAAGUUGACAUGUGAUGAUUGAAGCUUGUUCUGGGGCUUGAAAAAACAAAGUUAAUUACUCUACUGAAGAUUGUUAUGUUUGCUAA